AUGGCAACUGUAGAGUCUCUCUUGCUUGGAUCUGGAACAAGUCACCCUCCAUCCUCUGCCUUCAACCCAAAGGCAAAGGCAGCUGUUGCCUUCCUUGAAACUGCUCCUGGCUUAAGCCCAAGGGCAAUCAUGUCUUUUGCACAAGAUCUGGAACAAGUCACGCCCUUCAUCCUCAUCAUUGAACUUGAAUUGAUGAAAUAUUGUGAGGGUUUCAAGUAUGCUGCCAAAUCAAGGGAAAAGAUUCAGAAGAAAGAGGGGAUUCCAUGGCAUCAACAGAUUUUGAUCAUUGAUGGAAAGAUCCUCGAGGAUGGUAAAACUUUAGCAGAUCAUCACAUCCGAAAUGGAUCUAGAUUGGAGCUGGUUGUGAGUUUGGGAGGACCAUAA